AGAGAGAGAGAGAGAGGCUAUUAAACAGCCACAAUGGAAUCUUCACUGGCUCCAAGGCAACUAAAGGUGAACUCUGUGCACAAUAUGAGUCAUUCACGAGGUCUACCUGGGCUCCCACCAUGGCCUACAACAUCUGACAAAGAGCCAUCAGACCUGUAUAAGGUGGCUUCUGUGCACAAUAUGAGCCAUUCAAGAGGUCUACCUGGGCUUCCGCCGUGGCCUACAGCAUAUGCUAAAGAGCCAUCAGACUUGUAUAAGCUGGUCUUGAAGCACAGUCACUAUCCCCCACUAAUGCAAAGCACAUCAUGGACUCUGGCAGCUCCAUUUAAAGAACAACGUUAUCACCGCAACCCUAGCAACUCUAUAGCAAAUAACUAUACGCCCACUGCACGGGAUCUAAAACUCAGUAAACUUUCUGUAAAGUUGUCUUCUCCCAGAGCAAGUACAGGCAAGAUUUCAUCUCGAUCGAAACCACUAUUGCCUUCUAAAGAAGAAAUGUCUGCACAGAAAAAGCCAAAACUGUCUCCCAGAAGCAAAUAUAUCUCUGAUAGGUCAACCACAGCCAGACAAAGUACCUUAGAACCAUUGUUUUCAGAAUUAGACACCUCACCUACAGAUGGUAUGGUCCACCCAGACAUCCAGUCCAUGACCCCAGAGGAGCAGUUUGAAGUUAUGUUACAGCAUGAGCAAGAAAAGAACAAGCUAAGGAAGAUUCCAUCUGAAAGAGACCUAGAGAGAUAUUUUUACUACAUAAACCACGGAAUUCAGAAAGAAAUGCUAGCACCUCAGGGGAGCAAACAGAUGGACAACAUCUUGGCAAAUGUUCCCAGCCAACUUUUGAAUAAUCCAGAUUUGGAUGACUUGCUUACAGAAAUAAAAGAAGAGAUUGAACAUGAUUACCACUCCAGCCUCAGGAAAAAUAUUGUUGAUUAUAUUUUAAAAGACCCAGAAGAGAAAGAAAGGCUGUUUAUUGCCAGCACACCUCCCAGUUACCCUAUUCGAGUAAUCCGUGCCCCAGUCCCUUGGCACACAUCCUGCAGAGAUGCCAAAAACUGGACUGAAGAACACCUCUUCAUGGUGAAUCCAAUGAUGUUGUCUCUGCAAGAUCUCUGGCACCAACAAUUUGCUGACUUAAGGUUUGUUCGAACAAAGGAUCUGCUCACUGGCAAUUUGCCUCUACUUCCCGCUGAAUUUGAAGAGCUGGUUCACAACCAUUGUCUGGAAGCACGUACCACAUUACGAAAUAAGUGGAUACCAGCUUGCGCCUCUCUCUUUAUAAGUCAUAAGGAUAAAUGGAUGCAUUUAGUUCCCCAGAAUGACUACAAUUCUCUGGUCCGAGUGGAAGAAUUUUUUGCAUGCGUUUCGUCCUUGAUGUCUUUGCAGCUACGUGAAAUGGUGAUCAAUUCUCUUCAAGACAUGCUUUCUUUUUUCAGUAUACACAAGGAUGGAAAUGAUUUUGGAGAUAUAUAUGAUGACAUGAAAUUCUUCAUUCCUCAAGUUCUUAUAAUCAAGCUAAAAACUGAAGAACCCAAAAUUGCAUUUGAUCCAAUGUUGGAGGAAUGUUGGAAUCUAAUAAAACGCUGUUUUUACAAAAUUAUACAGAGUGCAGAAGGAAUUCCAAAAGUAGAAGGGAGCCUUUUUCCUGGACUUCAAGUGGACAAUACAAACCUGAGGUCCGUCAAACAAGAGGAGUCUUUAGUUUCGGAAUUUAUCAGCCAAACACUGGAAAUAUUCAACAAGAACUUUGUUGGGCCCCAGAAGUAUUUAAAUGUUUACAAGAAAUACAAUGACCUCUUAAAUAAGAAAGCUCAGCAGGAUGUUAACACGUUUCUACGGGAGGAACAUUCACUGCAGGCAUUUACCAAGAAAAUUGAUAACCUAAGACAGCUACAGAGAGAGAUCGCCUCCAUGCACAUUACAGUUCCAUUGGCCAUGUUCUGUCUGGAUGCAUCAAGACUGAAUGAGGAUCUCUGCGCCAGAGCCCAAAACCUGAAAGAUCGUCUGAUCCAGUUUAAAGUGGAUGAAAACCGAGAGCUCAAUAAAGGAAUAUGUUAUAAAUACAACAGCAUUGCUAGUCGAGUCAACGAACUACCUACAACUACUGCCGAAUUAGUUGCCCUUACAGACUUUCUAAGACUCUCAAGUGAUGUAACCGUUUAUAAACUAAAGGAUGAAAUCUCAGAAGCCGCAAGCAGACUGGCAUUUCUUCUGGAUUAUGCGACACUUCAGUAUGAUGAUCUGAAGCUGAACAGCACAGUCUUCCACUGGCCGGAACAAAUAGAGACGGUCUUUGAUGUCAACAACAGCCGCUUACUGGCCAGGAGAGAUCAGGCUGAGGUUGAGCUAAGGAAGAGACGUACUCAAUUUGAGAAAACACUUAAAGGCUACAGUGCAGACGUUGAAGCAUUUAAAAAACGCGAGACGGCAACCCUCGAUGAAAUGAAGAGCAAUGUUGAAAAACUAAAGGAACUGGAGAAGAAUUUGAAUGCAGCCCUGGUAGAAUUUGAGGAAAUCAAUACAGAAGAAGAGUUGCUUGAAUGGGAGAAAAGUCAAUUUCCUUUGUUACAAGAAAUAAUGAUAAAUAAGCUUCCCUUUGAACAACUUUGGAUAACGGCUUAUAAUUUCAACUGUAAAUCCGAGGAAUGGAUGAAUAGUUCUUUCCAGGAUUUAAAUGCAGAGGAAAUCACAGAGGAAAUUGGGAACAUGUGGAGGACAAUGUACAAGCUGUCCAAAAGUCUUGGCGAUUUGCCAGGGCCAAGAAGGGUAGCAGAGAACAUGAAAUUCAAAAUUGAGAAGUUCAAAGUGCAUCUUCCAAUCAUCUCUGUAAUCUGCAACCGCGGAAUGAAGAGUCGACAUUGGGAGCAGAUCAAUGAAAUUGUUGGAUUUGAUAUUACACCGGAGCAAGAAACAUCUCUUAUUAGCAUGCUGGAAUUUGGACUAUCAAAAUAUAUCGAUAGAUUGGAGCAAAUUGGAGCAUCUGCAAGCAAAGAGUACUCCCUGGAAAAGGCUAUGGAAAAGAUGAAAUCAGAAUGGUCAACGAUAAAUUUUACCUUCAUCAGAUACCGAGAUUCAAACACAAGCAUAUUGUCUGCUGUUGAUGAUAUCCAGUUACUUCUUGACGAUCACAUUGUUAAAAUACAAACAAUGUGUGGCUCUCCAUUCAUUAAACCAAUCGAAGCUGAAGCCAAGGAAUGGGAGCAGACCCUUGUUCUUAUUCAAGACAUCUUGGACUCUUGGUUGAAAUGUCAAGCAACUUGGUUGUACUUGGAGCCUAUAUUUAGUUCUGAAGAUAUUAUUGCACAGAUGCCAGAAGAAGGUAGAAAAUUUGGCAUUGUGGACACUUAUUGGAAGGACAUUAUGUCAGAGGCGGUAAAAGAUACCAAAGUGCUUAUCGCAACAAAACAGGAAAACAUGUUAGGAAGACUGCAGGAAUCCAAUAUCCUACUGGAAGAUAUCCAGAGAGGUCUCAAUGCUUACUUAGAAAAGAAGAGAUUGUUCUUCCCAAGGUUUUUUUUCCUUUCAAAUGACGAGCUGCUCGAAAUCUUAUCAGAAACCAAAGACCCAUUGAGGGUACAACCUCACUUGAAGAAGUGCUUUGAAGGGAUAGCUAAGCUGGACUUCACUGAAGAUAUGGAAAUCACCGGUAUAGUCAGCUCAGAGAAAGAAACAGUUCCUUUAAUUCAGAAAAUCUUCCCGGCUAAAGCAAAAGGCAUGGUUGAAAAAUGGCUUUCGCAAGUGGAAGAAAAUAUGUUAUCUAGUAUGAGACAAGUGAUCCAAGAUGGAGUAGAAGGAUAUGUCGAGGUUCCACGAAAGCAAUGGGUCUUGCAGUGGCCUGGUCAAGUGGUCAUCUGUGUCUCCUCUAUUUACUGGACUCAAGAAGUAUCUGAAGCUAUUGGUCAAGGGACAUUACAGUCCUUCUUAAGUAAAAGUAACAAACAAAUUGGUGAGAUAGUCGAACUUGUAAGAGGAAAAUUGUCAGGUGGAGCACGCGCUACACUUGGAGCACUUACUGUCAUCGAUGUUCACGCCCGUGAUGUUGUAGCAAAACUAGCAGGGGACAAAGUCUCAAGUUUGAGUGACUUUCAAUGGAUCUCUCAACUGAGAUAUUACUGGGAAGAUCGAGAUGUUAUGGUCCGAAUGAUCACUACAGAUGUCAAAUAUGGAUACGAAUAUUUGGGAAACUCUCCUCGCUUGGUUAUAACACCACUGACCGACAGAUGCUAUAGAACAUUAAUGGGAGCACUGAAGCUCAAUCUUGGUGGGGCUCCAGAAGGACCUGCAGGAACUGGUAAAACUGAAACCACAAAAGAUCUGGCAAAAGCAUUAGCCAAACAGUGCGUUGUGUUUAAUUGCUCGGAUGGGCUUGAUUAUAAAGCCAUGGGUAAGUUCUUCAAAGGUCUUGCGCAAUCCGGAGCCUGGGCUUGUUUUGAUGAAUUCAACAGAAUUGAGGUUGAGGUGUUAUCAGUAGUUGCUCAGCAGAUUCUAAGCAUACAGCAGGCCAUCAUACGCAAUCUGAAAACAUUCAUCUUUGAAGGUACAGAGCUGACACUGAAUCCCACCUGCUCAGUGUUUAUUACCAUGAAUCCUGGAUACGCUGGGCGAGCAGAGCUUCCCGACAAUCUAAAGGCAUUAUUCAGAACCGUGGCUAUGAUGGUCCCAGACUAUGCGUUAAUUGGGGAGAUCUCUCUGUACUCCAUGGGAUUCCUGGACUCUAGAAGCUUGGCCCAGAAAAUUGUUGCCACAUAUAAAUUGUGUUCUGAGCAGUUAUCAUCGCAACAUCACUACGACUACGGGAUGCGAGCAGUAAAAUCUGUUCUUACGGCAGCUGGAAACCUCAAACUGAAAUACCCAGAGGAAAAUGAGAGUGUGUUACUAUUGCGUGCUCUGCUGGAUGUGAACUUGGCAAAAUUCCUGGCACAGGACGUUCCUCUAUUUCAGGGGAUUAUUUCCGAUCUUUUCCCUGGAGUGAUUCUUCCCAAACCAGAUUAUGAUUUAUUUGUUAAUGCACUCGAAGAGAAUAUCGCAAAAAUGAAGCUGCAGGCAGUUCCGUGGUUCAUUGGGAAAAUAAUCCAGAUCUACGAAAUGAUGUUGGUUCGGCAUGGCUUCAUGAUUGUUGGAGACCCACUGGGUGGAAAAACAUGUGCUUACAAAGUGCUGGCAGGAGCACUAGCUGAUUUAUAUGCAGCUAAAUCAAUGGAUGAGUAUGCAGUUGAGUUUAGAAUAAUCAAUCCAAAGGCCAUUACCAUGGGACAGUUGUAUGGAUGUUUCGACCCAGUGAGUCACGAAUGGACAGAUGGAGUCUUGGCAACUACUUUCCGUGAUCAGGCUUCUUCAACUUCAGACGAUAGAAAGUGGAUUAUAUUUGAUGGCCCAGUGGAUGCCGUUUGGAUUGAAAACAUGAACACUGUCCUUGAUGACAAUAAAAAGCUGUGCUUGAUGAGUGGUGAGAUCAUACAGAUGAGUUCAAAGAUGAGUUUAAUUUUUGAACCUGCUGAUUUGGAGCAAGCUUCUCCUGCUACUGUGAGCAGGUGUGGUAUGAUCUAUAUGGAACCACAUCAGCUUGGGUGGAAACCUCUGAAAGACUCGUACAUGGAUACUCUGCCUGAGAACCUGACAAGUGAACACAGGGAAUUGAUUAAUGACAUGUUUAACUGGCUCGUUCAGCCAUGCUUGGAGUUUAUCCGCCUUGAAUGCAAAUUUUUAGUUCAUACAUCUCCUAUUCACCUGACAUACUGCAUGAUGAGACUCUACUCCUGUUUGCUAGAUGAAAUAAAGCGUUCUGGUGAAGAUGGUAAAGAAUCCAUGUCAAGUCAGCAGAUCACAUUAUGGCUGCAGGGUCUCUUCCUGUUUGCUUUAGUGUGGACAAUUGGUGGAACCAUCGAUGCAAACAGCAGAAAGAAAUUUGAUGCUUUCUACCGUAACCUCAUAAUGGGAACAAAUGACCUGCAUCCUCGACCAAAAAGUGUCAAACUGACAAAGAACAAUAUAUUCCCAGAAAGAGGAACGGUCUAUGAUUUUUAUUUUCACAAACAAGCCAGUGGGCAGUGGAAUAUUUGGACAGAUUAUAUUACUACAGAAGAAAUGACCAUUCUCCCGACAGCCAAGGUCUCUGAUCUUAUUAUCCCUACGAUGGAAACCGCACGGCAGUCCUUCUUUUUGAAAACCUAUUUGGAGCAUUCCAUUCCUAUGCUGUUUGUUGGGCCAACUGGAACCGGGAAAUCUGCAAUAACCAACAACUUUUUAAUAAAACUCCCCAAACAAAAAUUUGUCCCCAAUUGCAUCAACUUCUCAGCUAGAACAUCUGCUAACCAGACUCAAGAUAUUAUAUUCUCUAAGUUGGAUAGGAGACGAAAGGGUCUUUAUGGACCUCCAGUAGGAAAGAAGGCAGUGGUUUUUGUAGAUGAUCUAAACAUGCCUGCAAAAGAGGUAUAUGGAGCCCAGCCACCCAUUGAACUACUUCGACAAUGGAUAGACCAUGGACACUGGUAUGAUAGAAAGGAUACAUCAAGACUGGAUAUUGUAGAUUUAGAGCUCAUAUCAGCAAUGGGUCCCCCUGGUGGAGGGAGGAAUGACAUUACAGGCCGCUUCACUCGCCACUUGAACAUUGUAUCCAUAAAUGGUUUUGAUGAUGAAACAUUAACCAAAAUAUUUAGCACAAUAUCUGAUUGGCACUUCGGCAAAGGUUUCGAUGUUGCAUUUAUAAGAUCUGGCAAACUGAUGAUUCAGGCCACCAUGGCCAUUUACAAAACAGCUGUCGAAAACUUCCUCCCAACGCCAUCUAAAUCCCAUUAUGUCUUUAAUCUGCGAGACUUUUCCCGUGUUGUCCGAGGAGUAUUGCUGUGUCCACAUACCCACCUACAGGACACCGACAAGCUCAUCAGACUAUGGAUCCAUGAAGUUUACCGUGUAUUUUAUGACCGACUAACUGAUCCUGACGACAGGAACACAUUUUUUAACAUGGUAAAAGAGACAACAUCCAAUGUCUUCAAGCAGAGCGUUGACAAGCUUCUCAUUCAUUUAGCACCUACUGGAAAAGUAGUCGAUGAUAACAUUCGAAGUCUCUUCUUUGGAGACUUUGCCAAGCCUGACAGUGACAUUAAAGUGUAUGAUGAAAUCACUGACUUAAAACAGCUGACAUCUACAAUGGAAUACUACUUGGACGAAUUCAACAAUAUGAGCAAAGCACCUAUGUCACUGGUAAUGUUUAAAUUUGCCAUUGAGCACAUCUCAAGAAUCUGUCGAGUGCUAAAACAGGACAAUGGCCAUCUACUGUUGGUCGGCAUAGGUGGAAGCGGCCGUCAGAGCGCAACAAAACUGUCCACCUUCAUAAACUCCUUUGAGCUCUUUCAAAUUGAGAUUACCAAGAAUUACACCAUUAUUGAGUGGCGAGAAGAUAUUAAGAAAAUUAUGUUGCAAGCCGGUGUGGCUGGCAAAAACACAGUGUUCCUCUUUUGUGAUAACCAAAUAAAAGAUGAGGUAUUUGUGGAGGAUAUAAACAUGCUCUUGAACACUGGCGAUGUCCCUAAUAUAUUCCCAGCUGAUGAAAAGGCAGAAAUAGUCGAAAAAAUGCAGUCAAUAGCACGGACAGAAGGCAGAAAAAUUGAAGCCACUCCAAUGGCCAUGUAUAACUUCUUCAUAGAAAGAGUGAGAAACAACUUGCAUAUAGUACUGGCAAUGAGUCCUAUCGGGGAUGCUUUCCGUAACCGUCUGCGCAUGUUUCCAUCGUUAAUCAAUUGCUGUACUAUAGACUGGUUCCAAACCUGGCCAACUGAUGCUUUGGAAAUGGUUGCAAAUAAGUUUCUUGAAGAUGUGGCCCUUGAGGAUGAAAUUAGAAAAGAGGUUGUCUCCAUGUGCAAGUAUUUUCAAGAAAAUGUCAAACAACUGUCAGACAGUUAUUACAACACACUGAGAAGGCAUAAUUAUGUCACUCCGACGUCCUAUUUGGAAUUGAUCCUGACUUUCAAGACCUUGUUAAACAGCAAAAGACAUGAAGUGGAUACAAUGAGAAACCGCUACCUUGUGGGUUUACAGAAACUUGACUUUGCUUCGUCACAAGUCGCGAUUAUGCAAAAAGAACUGACUGCACUUCAACCGGAAUUGAUUAAAACUUCAGCCGAAACAGAGAGGAUGAUGAUCAAGAUAGAAAAGGAGACGGUAGAUGUGGAUGCUAAAAAAGAACUUGUAUCUGCUGAUGAAAAGGUGGCUAAUGAAGCUGCGGCCGUUUCGCAAGCAAUCAAGGAUGAAUGUGAAGGAGACCUAGCAGAGGCCAUGCCAGCGUUAGAAGCUGCCAUAUCAGCUCUUGACACACUCAGCGCUGCAGAUAUAACUCUUGUGAAAUCUAUGCAGAAUCCUCCAGCUCCCGUUAAGCUUGUCAUGGAAAGCAUCUGUGUGAUGAAAGGCAUAAAGCCAGAGAGGAAGCCUGACCCCAGCGGAUCUGGCAAAAUGAUUGAAGACUACUGGGGGCCAUCACGAAAAGUUUUGAGUGAUCUUAAGUUCCUUGAAAGCUUAAAGGUGUUUGAUAAGGAUAAUAUUGCUCCUGCAAUCAUGAAAAGAAUCAGGGAAAAAUUCAUAGGAAAUCCUGAUUUCCAGCUUUCAGUGAUAAAGAAUGUAUCCUCAGCUUGUGAAGGACUCUGCAAGUGGGUCAGAGCCUUGGAGGUAUAUGACCGUGUGGCUAAAGAAGUAGCCCCCAAACGUGAACGACUUAAAGAAGCAGAAGGAAAGCUUGCUGUACAAAUGAAACAGUUAAAUAUCAAGCGGGCAGAGCUAAAGGCAGUAGAGGACCGUCUGCAAGCUUUGAAUGAUGAAUUUAAUGACAUGAACAAUAGAAAGCAAGAACUGGAAACCAACAUUGAAAUAUGCUCUCAAAAGUUAGUACGUGCAGAGAAAUUGAUCAGUGGUCUUGGAGGAGAAAAAGACAGAUGGACUGAAGCUGCACGAUUGUUAGGGAUAAAAUAUACCAAUCUUACAGGAGAUGUCCUUCUCUCCUCAGGCACAGUAGCCUACUUGGGUGCAUUCACCGUAGACUAUCGUCAAGAAUGUCAAAGCCAGUGGCAUGUUUUGUGCAAAGAGAAGAGAGUACCCUGUUCAAAUGACUUCAGCCUAAGUACUACUUUGGGUGAUCCAGUAAAAAUACGCGCUUGGCAGAUAGCUGGAUUGCCUGUUGAUUCUUUCUCGAUUGACAAUGGAAUAAUUGUAUCUAAUUCUAGAAGGUGGCCUUUGAUGAUUGACCCCCAGGGACAAGCUAAUAAAUGGGUGAAGAGUAUGGAAAAAGCAAACAAGCUUUCCAUUAUCAAGCUUUCUGACUCUACUUACACUAGGACCUUAGAAAAUGCUAUUCAGUUUGGAACCCCUGUUUUACUAGAAAACCUUGGUGAAGAAAUUGAUGCUGUUUUGGAGCCUCUAUUACUAAAGCAAACAUUUAAGCAGCAAGGUGUGGAAUAUAUUAGACUUGGUGAAAACAUUGUGGAGUACUCAAAAGAUUUUAGACUUUAUAUGACCACUCGUUUAAGAAAUCCACACUAUCUACCCGAAGUGGCUGUGAAAGUGUGUCUGUUAAACUUCAUGAUUACACCUCUUGGUCUUCAAGACCAGUUGCUUGGUAUUGUAGCUGCAAAAGAAAAACCAGAACUAGAGGAGAAGAAGAACCAGCUCAUCGUAGAAAGUGCAUCCAACAAAAAACAACUAAAAGAAAUUGAAGACAAAAUUCUUCAAGUCUUGUCCUCCUCGCAAGGAAACAUCUUAGAAGAUGAAACAGCCAUUCAAGUUUUGUCUUCGUCAAAGCUACUCUCUGAAGAAAUAUCUGAAAAGCAACAAAUCGCUUCAGCCACUGAAAAAGAGAUUGAUGAAACCAGAAUGGGAUACAAACCUGUUGCAGUCCAUUCGUCUAUUGUUUUCUUUUGUAUUUCUGAUUUGGCCAACAUUGAACCAAUGUAUCAGUAUUCACUAACAUGGUUUAUUAACCUUUAUGUACACUCACUUGCCCACAGUAAAAAAAGUGAAGACCUCCCAGAAAGAAUAGCAAAUAUAAUUGACCAUUUCACAAUAAGCAUUUACAACAAUGUUUGUCGAUCUUUAUUUGAAAAAGACAAGCUCCUUUUUUCACUCCUUCUGACUAUUGGCAUCAUGAAAGGACAAGACAAAAUAAAUGAUGAGGUUUGGAGAUUCCUCUUGACUGGUGGUAUAGCACUUGACAACCCAUAUCCAAACCCAGCUUCUCUAUGGUUGUCAGAUAAAUCUUGGGCUGAGAUUGUACGUGCCUCUAACCUCCAACCACUUCAAGGCUUUAUGGACCACUUUAAAAACAACGUUUCAAAAUGGAAGAAUAUCUAUGAUUCCUUGAAACCACAAAAUGAGCUAUUUCCAGAUGAAUGGCAAGCAUUAAGUGGAUUAAGCCGCAUGGUCAUUCUCCGAUGUCUUAGACCUGACAAAAUGGUCCCAGCAGUUCAGGAUUUCAUUGCAGAAAAUAUGGGGAAAAUGUUUAUUGAGCCACCAACAUUUGAUCUUGCUGGAAGUUACAAUGAUUCAAACUGCUGUGCACCGCUGAUUUUUGUGCUGUCCCCUGGUGCUGACCCUAUGGCAGGUUUGUUGAAAUUUGCCGAUGACCUGGGCAUGGGAGGAGAAAAUAUACAGACCAUUUCUCUUGGACAAGGCCAAGGACCAAUAGCUGCAAAAAUGAUAAGUCACGCAAUUAAAGAAGGAACUUGGGUUGUCUUGCAGAAUUGUCACCUUGCCAGCAGUUGGAUGUCUGCUCUAGAGAAAAUAUGUGAGGAGACCAUAGUGCCUGAGAACACAAAGGAGAAGUUCAGACUGUGGCUGACUAGCUAUCCAUCUGACCAGUUUCCUGUAAGCAUUCUCCAAAAUGGGGUAAAAAUGACAAAUGAGCCUCCGAAAGGCCUGAGAGCAAACCUGCUCCGAUCCUACCUGAAUGACCCAAUAUCAGAUCCCACGUUCUUCAACAGCUGCCGAAAACCUGACAUGUGGCAGAAGCUUUUAUUCGGACUUUGUUUUUUCCAUGCUCUCGUUCAAGAAAGAAGGAAUUUUGGACCAUUAGGAUGGAAUAUUCCUUACGAAUUCAACGAGUCUGACUUAAGGAUCAGUAUGAGACAGAUCCAAAUGUUUUUGAAUGAGUAUGAAGCUGUACCGUUUGAAGCAUUGACCUAUUUAACAGGGGAAUGUAACUACGGAGGAAGAGUUACAGAUGAUAAAGACAGGCGGCUCCUACUGUCCCUGCUUUCAAUAUUCUACAGCAAGGAUAUUCAACGAGAGAAAUACUGCCUUUCUUCUGGGGACAUCUAUUUUGUGCCAUCAUCUGGCACCUACCAGUCUUUUGUUGAUUAUAUUAGAAGUUUGCCGCAUAUAACUCAUCCAGAAGUGUUCGGACUUCAUGAGAAUGCAGACAUUACCAAAGAUAACCAAGAAACCAAUCAGCUUUUCAAUGGAAUUCUUUUAACGUUACCCCGACAAACUGCUGGAGGUGGUAAAUCCUCCCAGGAAAUUGUUGAGGACUUGGCCAGAGACAUACUGAACAAACUACCCAAAGAUUUUGACUUGGAGAAGGUGAUGGAGAAAUACCCAGUUGUGUAUGAGGAAUCCAUGAACACGGUGCUGAGGCAAGAGUUAAUUCGAUAUAACAGGCUCACAGGAGUGGUGCGGAGCAGUCUGAUAAACUUGCGAAAAGCAAUCAAAGGCCAAGUAUUAAUGUCAUCAGAACUGGAAAAUGUGUUCAACAGCAUGUUGAUAGGGAAAGUGCCAUCUAUGUGGGCUGCGAAAUCAUAUCCAUCCCUAAAACCUCUGGGGAGCUAUGUGUCGGACUUGCUCACACGACUGCAGGUCUUUGAGGACUGGAUAAAGAAUGGCCCACCAAAAGUGUUCUGGGUUUCUGGAUUUUAUUUCACUCAGUCAUUCCUAACGGGCGUCUCGCAGAAUUAUGCCAGAAAAUAUACAAUCCCAAUCGAUUAUAUUGGAUUUCAGUUUGAAGUGACAGUGCAUGAAAACAAUAUUGACGAGGCUCCGGAAGAUGGAGCUUAUAUUAAAGGCCUCUUUUUGGAAGGAGCACGGUGGGACAGACAAACAAUGAAAAUCGGAGAAUCUCUUCCCAAAAUACUGUAUGAUACUCUGCCUAUUAUUUGGCUGAAACCAGGUGAAAGUUCAAAGUUUGUCCAUGAAAAUAGCUACCUAUGCCCGGUGUAUAAAACCAGCGCGAGACGGGGGACAUUGUCAACAACAGGACACUCUACCAACUAUGUCCUCCCCGUGGAACUUCCUUCAGACAAGCCUGAGAAACACUGGAUAAACCGGGGAGUUGCUGCACUGUGCCAACUUGAUGAUUAAAUUUAUGCUUUGGUAAACAAGCACGGCGCCUCCAAAUGUUGACUUGCUUUAUCGGUUAAUUACUAUGCAUAUAUUAUUUUAAAUGCUCAAGACCAAACAGGGCAAUCUUGUUUUCAACAUGUGCCUUAAUUUCUAUAUAUUUAGUUCUAACCAGAGCAAUUAAUGGAUGAGAUCACUUUCAAAGCAACAGAUUGUUGAAUGUGUACACCAUUGUAGCAGUUACAGUAACUGAAUAGGAGUAUAAAUUGGGUAUAGUUAGUCGUUUUCUCCUAUUGUAAAAAACGCAGGUAAAGUUUUCCUUUAAUCUAAAGGGAUAAUUUGUGUCUCUUCACUAAAUUACCGACUCGUUAGAAACAUGCAGAUUAUUCACAGGAAUCUGCACUUUUUUCUUGCAGAUGGCAACUUAUAAAAUACAGUUUGUUAACCGUUUUAACCAAUUUACUACCAGUUAUGUUUAUUUGUUUUUUAGUUUUCAGAAUCUUUCUGUAUUACAAAACAAAGGUUAUGCUAUUAUAUUUCAAACAUUUGACAGCUUUCA